AAUGAGUCGAUGGUGCUGAACGUUGAGUGUGAGUCUUCUUCUUCUUCACUUCUUUGAGAUUUAAGAAUCAUGUAUUCUCUGAUACUCCAUGUAAAGAGGUCUACCGAGUUACAGAAGCUCGUAUUCUCUGCUUACUCCAAACCCUCCUUCUCCUCCUCUGCUACAACUAAAGGUCAAAACUUUACAGUCUCUACUUACCUCAUUGAAUCUCUGGGUUUCACUCCAAAACUCGCAGAGUCCAUCUCAAAGAAAGUCAGCUUUAACGACAAGGGCAUCAACCCUGAUUCAGUUCUGUCUCUUUUCAGAAGCUACGGAUUCACAGAGUCUCAGAUCUCCACCAUCAUCACAGACUACCCCAAACUGCUUCUACUAGACGCUGAGACCUCUCUCGCCCCCAAGCUUAAGUUCUUGCAUUCAAUGAAAGGAGCUUCAACCUCCGAGUUCACAGAGAUUGUCUCCACGGUUCCUAAGCUCUUGGGGAAAAGAGGCGACAAGACUCUCAGUGUCUACUACGACUUCGUCAGAGAUGUUAUACACAAGUGCCAAGUGUUGUCUCACUCUUCUUCGCCACAGGGGAAUCUUGAGAAUAAGAUCAGAAACGUAACGGCUUUGAGAGAGUUAGGCGUGCCUCAGAGGUCGUUGUUUCACUUGCUUGUCUCUCGUUAUCAACCUGUUUGCGGGAAAGAGAGGUUUCAAGAAUCGCUCAAGAAGGUUGUUGAGAAAGGGUUUGAUCCGACAACCUCGAAGUUUGUCCAAGCUUUACACGUUGUUUACCAGCUUAGCGACAGAACAGUAGAAGAGAAAGUAGAUGUCUAUAAAAGGCUAGGAUUCUCUGUUGAGGAUGUGUGGGACAUGUUCAAGAAAUGGCCUAACUCUCUCAAGUUCUCUGGGAAGAAGGUUACUCAGACGUUUGAGACGCUGAAGCAGUGUGGUCUGACUGAUGAAGAGGUUGUGGCAUUGUUGAAGAAGAAUCCGCAGUUCUUACGCGUUUCAGAGGAGAACAUUGGCAGCUCCAUUGAGACGUUUCUAGCGCUGGGAUUCAGCAGGGGUGAGUUUGCGAUGAUGAUCAAGAGGUAUCCUGUGUGCAUUGGGUUUUCUGCAGAGACGGUUAAGAAGAAGACUGAGUUUCUUGUGGAGGAGAUGGAUUGGUCAUUAGAAGCUGUGGUUUCUCACCCUCAGGUGUUUUCUUACAGCAUGGAGAAGAGGAUGGUGCCAAGGUGUAGCGUUAUCAGAGCUCUUAUGUCUAAAGGAUUGCUUGGGAGUGAACUUCCUUCAGUGUGUUCUGUUUUGGCAUGUACCGAUAAGAUGUUUUUAAGAAGGUAUGUGAGGAAGCAUGAUGACAAGGGGCUUGUGGCUGAGUUGAUGGCUAUCUUCACCAGAGUUCAUAAGGUAGGCCUAGUACAAUGAGCAACGUUAAGGGUUCUAUUUUCUGUUAGGUUUUAGAUAGAUUCGUGUUGAAUCUUUUGUAAUCUUUGUUUUUGAUCUGUAUCCUUACCGUGAUGAGACUGAGAACAGAGAUGAAGAUGGGUUUCUCUUCUCUACAUGACUUACAGUGGUGAAAACACUUUUGCUUUUGUUUAUAUUUGUCUAGUUUUGGUGUUUCAUGCAUAUAAGCUAUAAUGAAAGUGGUAAACGUGUAAUUUCUCCAA